CUCGCACAGUGGUGCUCUAGACUUGUGCGUUGUCGAGUGAUUGAGUCGAACGGUUUCUCCAUUCUCUUCUUCAUCUUUCAGCGUAGCGUUCUCAUUCCUUCGGUCGUCCUCUUCAUAAUCGUCUAUCCCCUCGAUCACUUUCGAUUUCUCUGUUUCUGCUCUUGUCCAGUCUUGAACGCGCGCGUCUCCUUCGUUCUCCACUUUCCUUCACUUCGUCAUACACGAGUCCAUCCACGAUGGCUUGCUUGACUUCUCUAUUGCUGCUGGCAGCGUCUUCUUCCCUUGUUGUUGGAGGGCCGUUGCCCAAAGGCCACAAGAGACAAAUCUUAUCCAGCUACACAAACACGACCUCAACGGCUUCUUCGACUGUCGACCUGUAUUCUCUCGGAUCGUCAAUACCCUCGCUGAGUGCACCAAUUGCCAACGCAGAGACUGCUGUCAUUAUCGAGCCCGUUCAGCCGACUGUCUUCACGCAGACAGCACCUGCCAUUACAUUUCUUCUUCCGGACGGUCAAGCCAUUGCUACUCAACCACAGCAGACGUUCUUGUCAACAUCAUACAUUGCCACCAUCAACCCAAUCCCUACCUCGGAAUCCAAAUCAAGCGCCGUGUCACCAGAUGCUGCUGCUUCGUCGUCGGCACCUGCCAAAAGCCAGGCAUUGAGCUCCUUCCCGGCGAAGGGCCUCUCUAGUUCAAAAGCGGAGGUCGAAAGUGAGAUGUCGAGCGCCACUCAGACGCCUCCAAUGUUCACCUACUCGCCUGAGGAUACCACAACGGCAGCUUUCUUCGCGCCGAGCACAUUGACCCCUAGUUUCACCUUGGCCAGCUCUAUUGCCGUCAGCUCUGUUCUUGAGAGCUCUAUUCGUUCAAGCUCGGCUGUUGUCAGUGCCACUCCGUCCGCGACUGGAGGCCUGCCAGCGCAGAAUGGCACAGGAAUGCCCGGCUUCACCCACCCGGGCGCGAACCAGGGCUCUGCUACUCUCAGCAACGCCUUGUUCAGUUCCUCUGGCCUGAGCUCAUCAUCGGCUGCGUCAGUGUCGCAGGUAACGCCUUCGGCGCUUGUGAGCUCCGCAGGGUCAUCACUCCUGGCUUCAAGCUCCGUGCUUCCUGCCCCAGCAAAUUCGACCAUGAUCACCUCAUCCCGCCUUGUUGUUACCAAGACACUGUACACUACCGUGUUCCCCACUGCUGCCGCCUCUGAAGCUCCCGGUUUCUCAAGCAUCACGCUAUCUUCAACAUUGAACCCUAGCGCGCCAAUAUCCUCUGCUGCCGGUUCGAGCUCAGCUGCUGCUGCCGCACCUGCGUCUUCUUCCAUCCUCUCCUUGGUUGUGCCUUCGCCCUCGGCCGAACUUCUCCCAUCCACGUCGUUGCAAGUACCGCCUGUGGUCAUUAUCACACAGUACACCACCGUCUUACCAUCAGAGACACCUGCGGCGUCUUUAGUUCCAUCGUCUUCCUCGCAACCGGCUGGGUCUUCUGUUGCGCCUUCCUUCGCGCUUUCCUCGUCUGCAUACGCCACGUCUAGCGCUUCGACUUCCCCCUCUAUACCUGCGUCCAGUGCAAAAACUACACCUACCCACUCAUCGAGUGCUAUUACCUCGUCUUCGGUAUCAGCUUCAAGCGAGCCCAUUACUUCCAAGACCUCAUACGCGAUUACGAACGUAGAGCCGUCGCCUACAGAAGCAUCCGUGACGCCCACUGCUUCCACGUCUGAAGGGCCAUUGAUCAUAACGCCGAUUGAGCUGAGCCAGAUCUUCACUGUCACGGUGACAGAGAGGGAGAAGGAGACCGUCACUGCUACAGUUACGGCCACAGUGACAGCGUGAGCGCCGAAUGCGUAGGAGAAGAUGCAAGAAAAGAAGAGUCCGGGAUCUGAAUAGAAUUGGCGACAGGAUGACGCAGGUAAUAGAAGGCCUAAAUUUGAUACCCAAUACCACUAUAUAGCAGGCCUAUAAUCGAACAGAUAAUUUGUAGACGGCAAUGUUUAGUCUGAAGUCUACAAUCUAGUGAUUGCUACUACGAAUACAUACUUACGUCUGCU